AUGACAACUCCAUACUUACCUUACCCAUCAGUACCUUACCCAUCAGUACCUUACCCAUCAGUACCUUACCCAUCAGUACCUUACCCAUCAGUACCUUACCCAUCAGUACCUUACCCAUCAGUACCUUACCCAUCAGUACCUUACCCAUCAGUACCUUACCCAUCAGUACCUUACCCAUCAGUACCUUACCCAUCAGUACCUUACCCAUCAGUACCUUACCCAUCAGUACCUUACCCAUCAGUACCUUACCCAUCAGUACCUUACCCAUCAGUACCUUACCCAUCAGUACCUUACCCAUCAGUACCUUACCCAUCAGUACCUUACCCAUCAGUACCUUACCCAUCAGUACCUUACCCAUCAGUACCUUACCCAUCAGUACCUUACCCAUCAGUACCUUACCCAUCAGUACCUUACCCAUCAGUACCUUACCCAUCAGUACCUUACCCAUCAGUACCUUACCCAUCAGUACCUUACCCAUCAGUACCUUACCCAUCAGUACCUUACCCAUCAGUACCUUACCCAUCAGUACCUUACCCAUCAGUACCUUACCCAUCAGUACCUUACCCAUCAGUACCUUACCCAUCAGUACCUUACCCAUCAGUACCUUACCCAUCAGUACCUUACCCAUCAGUACCUUACCCAUCAGUACCUUACCCAUCAGUACCUUACCCAUCAGUACCUUACCCAUCAGUACCUUACCCAUCAGUACCUUACCCAUCAGUACCUUACCCAUCAGUACCUUACCCAUCAGUACCUUACCCAUCAGUACCUUACCCAUCAGUACCUUACCCAUCAGUACCUUACCCAUCAGUACCUUACCCAUCAGUACCUUACCCAUCAGUACCUUACCCAUCAGUACCUUACCCAUCAGUACCUUACCCAUCAGUACCUUACCCAUCAGUACCUUACCCAUCAGUACCUUACCCAUCAGUACCUUACCCAUCAGUACCUUACCCAUCAGUACCUUACCCAUCAGUACCUUACCCAACAGUACCUUACCCAACAGUACCUUACCCAACAGUACCUUACCCAACAGUACCUUACCCAACAGUACCUUACCCAACAGUACCUUACCCAACAGUACCUCACCGAACAGUACCUCACCCAACAGUACCUCACCCAACAGUACCUCACCCAUCAGUACCUCACCCAUCAGUACCUCACCCAUCAGUACCUCACCCAUCAGUACCUCACCCAUCAGUACCUUACCCAUCAGUACCUUACCCAUCAGUACCUUACCCAUCAGUACCUUACCCAUCAGUACCUUACCCAUCAGUACCUUACCCAUCAGUACCUUACCCAUCAGCGUUAUAA